AUGCCGCCACACUGUGAAACCAGUCCACGCAUAGUGGAAAGAUCCUGGAGAGUCCGUGAAGACCUUCUCCAAGAAACAUGGGCAUAUAAUCGUAUCCGAGAGCCUGUGGAUAUGGCCGCCUGGGUCGAGGUUGUUGAAGCUAGCUCUGAAAAUGCAAGCGAUAUCCCCGCUGUAAAGCUUUUGGAUACCUCCAAAGGGUUGACUGCCGAGAGGCCUUCUCACCCAUGA